AAUGAACAGGGAGACUGAGGUCCAGCAGGGGUCCAUCUACCAAUCACGGACAAUUUGUUAAGCAUUUCAUGUACAUGAUCUUGGGGAGAUGGGUACUAUUUUUGUCCCAGUUUACAUAUGAGCCUGAGGAGAGUUAUAGCGAGUUAGUGUCAGCAGCUGGCCCCGGGCUAGGGGAACAGAGGGGCUGAUUCUAGAAGACCCUCCUGGCGCCACAGAACUUAAGAGGGAAGCUGAGGGGAGGCUUCCUGCAAUUCCAGGCCUGGUGAGCGGGAGGCACUCUGAAGUCGUGAGCUUCCUCUCCUUUGGGAAGUUUUGGCAAGUUUGGACACCAGGGACAUUGGCCUUCCCAUACUGAGAAGUCAGACCUGUGGAUCCCACAGAGUCUGUGGGUUUGAGAUUCUGAGGUCCUUUGAAUCAAAAAAUGAUGUUCAACGAUUCUCAGGUUCUCGGCAUAGUAUCGUUUGGAGACUCUGAGGGGCCCAAUCUCUGUGAGGUCUGCAUGGCGCUCCCCAAACAUCAAACCUUGAGCCUCUCCAUGGCCCCAGAAGGGCCAAGUUAGACCCAGGGCCCAGGGCUUGUCAUGGCGGCCAGAUGGACGUCAUUCACCACAUCCGCCAGCACCCACAUCACCCCACCUGGGCCAAGCUGGCUGCAGGAUGGGACGGCCAAUUCUCGGAACGAAACCCGUGGGGUGGGGUAUCUGCCCCCUUCUCUUCCUCCUUGGUACCGAUGAAGCCCAGCGCAUCCGGCCGCCAUGACGUCAAUGGCGGAAAUAUCUGGGGAAGUCGGGGGCUGUGACAACAGGGCCCAGAUGCAGACCCCGAUAUGAAAACACAAUCUGUGUCCCAGAAACAUCCUCCAUGUAGCUUCUGAGAAACAGUCAGAAAGGGACGCCCCAACAGACAGUGCAGGAAGCCGGCUGCCCAGCCUGGCCCUCCAGGUCGCCCACCACCAGACAGACCAUAUCCAUGGCCCCUUUCUGAGAAUGUAUCUAUGCUGCCCUGAAUCAGGCUGCUCCAGAUGUGUCUGGGGAGGUGAUUUCUUAUAAGCUCUGGCCAAGGGUCCAGGCAGCUUGAGAAGUGACCACAGACCAGCCGUGUGGGCCAGGCCAGAGUGGUGGCAGCCACUCAUCCACUAAAAUUGGUAUUAGUUUGCUCAGGUCUUCCGUAACAAAGUCCCACAAACUGUGGGGGCUUAAACAACAGUAAGGUAUUGUCUCAUAGUUCGGGAGGCCAGAAGGCCAAGAUCAAGGUGUUGGCAGAGUUGGUUCUGUGUAGGGCUACAGUGGGGGAAUCUGUUCGGGCCUCUCUCCUAGCUUCGGGUGGUUUGCUGGCAAUCUUUGGCAUUCCUUGGCUUGUACAAGCACCACCCUGAUCUCUGCCUGCCUUCAUCCACUCACUUGCUCACCUCUUUGUGGUCACCAACAUUCUCUCCUGCCCGUGUUCUGAGCCUCCCUAGACCCAGGCUCCUGAUUCUCACACAGUAAUGUCCUAGACCCUACCCUACCCUGUAACCCUAGAGACUAAGGGUUUAAUACCUGGAUUCUCACCCACACCUCCCUCAGCACCAGAGCUCUGACAGCCCCCAUGAGCCGACAGCAAAGAAAAGAAGGAACAACUGCUCCCUCAGAACCCCUCCUUGUACCACCCCCAGGCUGCUGUCGGCAGCUGUGUGCCCAACUCAGUGUUGUGGGGUGCAGUAAGGAGACACACACACACACACUUUCUGGAGAAAGAAGUAGAGCUUUCAAGUCACCAUGGGACUGGAGAAUGCUGCACCUGGGUGUCCCUUCAGUAGAAUGGAGGUUGGACUAGACAGUCCCUUCCAGCUCUGGCUUCGUCUCAGACUGGGAAUCACAGGAUUCCCAGAAACCAAGGCCCUGCCGAUCGGGGAGUGUAAGGUUCUGGAACCAUUUUAGAGGGCUUUCUGGAUAGGGCUGGGGGAGGAGAAGAGGAGAAGGAGCAGGCAUUCCAGGCAGGUGGAACAGCAAAGUAGACUUGGAGACAGGCUUGGAGAGCAGAGAUUGGGGUACACCCUGGUGAGGGUUGAGUUGAGGAGCUCCCUUGGGCCCUGGCUCAAGAGAGCCCAUCUCUUCUCCUCUCUGGCACCUGCCCUGCCAGCUCUGUGCAACGAAGGAGCCCAGACAUGAUCAGACCUGGCCCAUCUGAGCUCGACUCCUCUACUCGGCUUCUGCCCAGCAUUGCCACUUGCAUGUCUAAUACCAGACCUCAUGUCCAUCCACACCAUCACCCCAACCCUACCCCCAUCUCCUCCAUCUCAGUUAAUGUCAGCUCUGUCCUCCCAGCUGCCCAGGCGAAUACCCAGAAGACACCUUGACCCUCCUUCUCCCACUCCCCACAUCCAAGCAGCCAGCAAAUUCUCCUGACUCCACCCUCAAAACAUUAUUCAGAAUCCAACCACUUCUCACCCUCACCACUGCCACCAUCCUGGUCUAGACUGUCACUAGCCUGGACUAUUGCAGUAGCCUCCUCACUAGUCCCCCUGCUUCUGCCCUCACCUUCCUAGAGUCUGCCCCUCUCACAGCAGCCAGAGCGAACUUUUGAGCCCAUGCCCACCAUCCACUCCCAGAUAUGCCCAAGUCACUGGAGUAAAAUAAUUCUCCCAGCAAAAAAUCAGACCAGACCCAGUGGGAUCAGUGAAGAUUGUGUGGACUGUUCUGGGUUCAGGGAGGACAGGAGGGCUGAGGCUCGAAGACGACCACUCAAGUGCUGACACCUACACUGGUGGAGGUCCAGAAAACCACCCUGAAUCCCCCAUCACCCUUGAGGAGGACACAUUCUCACCAGGGCUGUGCCAGCAUGCUCUGGGGCCAUGCAGAUCUGCACACCUGUGUUCCUGACACCAAUGUGUGUGUGCAUGUGCACCAUGAGCUGGGGUGUGACCAGAGCUGGGGUCCCUUGGGGACAUGCACAAAUGCCUGCUCUGACCAGAGUGGGCAUCCAUGUGGUUCCAGUGGUUGAGUAUUUCACAUACCCCACCCCUCCCCAGCGCAUGUCUAAUUCCUUCCCUCUGUGUCCCCACAGCCUGCCCUUGGACAAGGACCCAAUGCCCAACCCCAGGCCAGCCAAGCCCUUGGCCCCUUCCUUGGUGCUCGGCCCAUCACCAGGAGCCUCACCCAGCUGGAGGGCUGCACCCAAGGCCCCAGACCAGCUGGGAGCCAAGGGCCCGGGGACAACCUUCCAGGGCCGGGACCUCAGAGGGGGGGCCCACGCCUCCUCUUCCUCCUUGAACCCCAUGCCACCAUCGCAGCUGCAGCUGCCCACAGUCCCCCUUGUCAUGGUGGCACCCUCCGGAACACGGCUGGGUCCCUCUCCCCACCUGCAGGCACUCCUCCAGGACAGGCCACACUUUGUGCAUCAGCUCUCAACAGUGGAUGCCCAUGCCCGGACCCCCGUGCUGCAGGUGCGCCCACUGGACAGCCCAGCUAUGAUCAGCCUCCCGCCACCCACUGCUGCUACUGGGGUCUUCUCCCUCAAGGCCCGGCCUGGCCUGCCACCUGGGAUCAACGUGACCAGCCUGGAGUGGGUGUCCAGGGAGCCAGCACUGCUCUGUGCCUUCCCAAGCCCCAGUGUGCCCAGGAAGGACAGGUCAGUGUGCAGGGCUGGGAAGGCCCCUUGCCCUGCCGUCCCCUGCCCUGACAUCCUUUGUCCCCCCAGCACCCUUUCGACUGUGCCCCAGGGCGCCUACUCACUGCUGGCAAAUGGUGUCUGCAAGUGGCCCGGAUGCGAGAAGGUCUUCGAGGAGCCAGAGGACUUCCUCAAGCACUGCCAGGCAGACCACCUCCUGGAUGAGAAGGGCAGGGCUCAGUGUCUUCUCCAGAGGGAGGUGGUGCAGUCUCUGGAGCAACAGCUGGUGCUGGAGAAGGAGAAGCUAGGUGCUAUGCAGGCCCACCUGGCUGGGAAGAUGGCCACAACCAAGGCUCCAUCUGCGGCAUCAUCUGAGAAGGGCUCCUGCUGUAUCGUAGCCGCUGGCACCCAGGGCACUGCUGGCCCAGCCUGGCCCGGCCCCCAGGAGGCCCCUGACGGCCUGUUUGCUGUGCGGAGGCACCUCUGGGGCAGCCAUGGAAACAGCACAUUCCCAGAGUUCUUCCACAACAUGGACUACUUCAAGUUCCACAACAUGCGGCCCCCUUUCACCUAUGCCACCCUCAUCCGUUGGGCCAUCCUGGAGGCUCCCGAGAAGCAGCGGACCCUCAAUGAGAUCUAUCACUGGUUUACACGCAUGUUCGCCUUCUUCAGAAACCACCCUGCCACCUGGAAGAAUGCCAUCCGCCACAACCUGAGCCUGCACAAGUGCUUUGUGCGUGUGGAGAGUGAGAAGGGGGCCGUGUGGACCGUGGAUGAGUUCGAGUUCCGCAAGAAGAGGAGCCAGAGGCCCAGCAGGUGUUCCAACCCCACACCUGGCUCCUGAACUCAAAGCCAAGGAAAGAAGGAAGGACAGGGGCCAAAAUGGGUGGGUGGAAGCGGCCGGGGACAGAAGUGACCAGCCUUGGACGUGCCUGCCGGGACCAAGAAGCAAGGUGUGCACUGUCUUGCCUGCCAGGGACCCUGCUCCCCAGCUGACUGCCCUCCUGGAUCAUAUGCUCGGCACCAAGCCUGCUCAGAGGGAUCCCAGCCGCCCCCACCUCCCACCCCAGCCCCCUGUAAUGGGCUCUCCAGCCAAACUGAGCCUUCACAACCAACCACACACACCGCCUGCCUUAGUCACUCAGUCACUCUCACAGAUGACCUUGGGGCUGGGAAGGACACAAAGCAUCACAAUCCUGUCCCUUGGACUCGAGGCAAACCCUCAAACAUUCAGUAUACUCAGACCACCUCAAAUCUGUAGCCACACCAACAGUCACACCCAAGCAUGGUCCCGUCAACCCACAUGCCCCAAAGCACACACCCACAGGCAGCCUCCAGGCCCACAGAUGCAGCGUCACCCGGGGCACGCCCAGACAUCUGCACAGCAACAGCCUCGGGACUUUCAAGAUCUCAGGUCCCAGACCUGGUCGUACAUGGUAUCGUGCAGCUCCCGACACAGACGCUCGGUCACACAGUUACUCUUUGAACUCACCUGCACAUCUCCUGCAUGCAUGCACGCCCGCAUGACACCCCUGGGGGUCUCCUGAGUCCCAUGCAGACACCCAC